CUGGCUUCCUGCAGCAAUAAGAAAAAAAGGAUCGAGGAGAAACGGCGCAGCUUGUGCGCCUCAUAACAGCUUUCGGUCCCUUCCGCCUGCGGGAGAAACCGCCUCAUGACGGGAGCUCCAUGCUGACAGACCGCGGGACAUGGGACUUCUCAACAUUACUGACCAGCCACCACUGGUCCAAGCAAUAUUUAAUCGCAACAUAGAAGAAGUGCAGUUGUUGCUCAACCAGAAGGAAAAUGUUAAUGUGUUGGACCAAGAGAGACGCUCUCCCCUGCAUGCUGCUGCCUACGUAGGAGACACCCAAAUUAUUGAGCUAUUAAUACAGUCAGGUGCUAAUGUAAACGCAAAGGAUUCAUCCUGGCUCACUCCUUUACACCGGGCUGUGGCUGCACGCCAUGAGAGGGCAGUCUCUCUUCUUGUGAAGCACUCGGCAGACGUCAAUGCUCGGGACAAGAACUGGCAAACCCCACUACAUGUUGCUGCUGCUAACAGAGCAAACAAAUGUGCAGAGACGCUUAUUCCGUUGGUUAAAAAUGUCAACAUAGCAGAUCGGACGGGGCGUACUGCUCUUCACCAUGCUGUCAUCAAUGGCAACUUGGAGAUUUCUGCCUUGCUCUUGAACAAGAGGGCCCACCACAGUAUAUGUGACAAGAAAGAGCGACAUCCAAUUAUAUAUGCAGCUUACCUGGGCCAUCUAGAGAUUACAAAGCUGCUGAUAUCUCGGGGAGCAGAUGCUAUGUCAAAGGACAAGAAGGGUUACACACCACUUCAUGUGACCGCUGCUAGUGGGCAACUUGAGGUGAUGAAGUAUUUGCUGAAACUCGGAGUGGAAAUUGAUGAGCCAAAUGCCUUUGGGAACACUGCCCUGCACAUUGCCUGUUACAUGGGUCAGGAUUCUGUGGCCACUGAACUUGUCAACUAUGGUUCCAAUGUAAAUCAGCCCAAUGAGAAGGGCUUCACUCCACUGCACUUUGCUGCUGUCUCCACUAAUGGGGCUCUGUGUCUAGAGCUGCUGGUCAACAAUGGGGCUGAUGUAAACUAUCAGAGUAAAGAAGGGAAGAGCCCUUUGCACAUGGCUGCCAUUCAUGGAAGGUUUACACGAUCCCAGAUUCUUAUACAGAAUGGUGGUGAGAUUGACUGUGCUGAUAAAUAUGGCAAUACCCCUUUGCAUGUCGCUGCUAGAUAUGGGCAUGAGCUGCUUAUUAGUACAUUGAUGACCAAUGGUGCUGAUACUGCAAGGCGUGGAGUUCAUGGCAUGUUUCCCCUGCACUUAGCUGUUCUCUUUGGGUACUCGGAUUGUUGUCGUAAGCUACUUUCCUCAGGUCAGUUGUACAGCAUUGUGUCUUCGUUGAGUAAUGAACAUGUGCUGUCUGCAGGCUUUGAUAUUAACACACCUGACAACCUCGGGAGGACCUGCCUCCAUGCUGCUGCUUCGGGAGGUUGCUUGGAAUUCUUGCUGGAUAACAAUGCUGAUCCUUCAAUUCGUGAUAAACAGGGAUAUGCUGCUGUUCACUAUGCAGCUGCAUAUGGCAACAGGCAGAACUUGGAGCUGCUCUUAGAAAUGUCUUUUAACUGCCUGGAGGAUGUGGAAAGCACUGUACCAGUUAGCCCUUUGCACUUAGCUGCCUAUAAUGGUCACUGCGACGCCCUAAAAACAUUAGCAGAAACGCUAGUUAACCUGGACGUUCGCGACCACAAAGGCCGCACUGCGCUUUACCUCGCAACAGAGAGAGGAGCCACAGAUUGUGUGGAGGUGCUAACCAAUCAUGGGGCCAACCCUCUCAUUAAGGACCGCAAGAGGAAGUGGACACCACUGCAUGCAGCAGCUGCCUCUGGGAACACAGAUUGCUUGCACUUGUUAAUAGAUAGCAACGAGAGACCGGAUAUUACGGAUGUGAUGGAUGCACAUGGGCAGACACCUCUUAUGCUUGCUGUUAUGAAUGGGCAUGUUGACUGUGCUCACCUGCUGCUGGAAAAAGGUGCCACAGUGGAUGCUGGAGAUAAGAAAGGGAGGACCACACUGCACAGAGCAUCAGUGACAGGCUGUGAGGACUGUGUUGGGGCUCUACUGGACCACGAUGCCUUUGUGCUGUGUCGGGAUUUCAAGGGACGCACACCUAUUCACUUUGCUUCAGCUUGCGGGCAUGCCUCACUGGUUCAUGUGUUCCUGCAGGCUGCUCUCUCUACAGACCCACUGGAUGCAGUGGUGGAUUAUAAUGGAUACACUCCCAUGCACUGGGCUGCUUACAAUGGGCACGAAGAUUGUUUGGAACUGUUACUUGAACACAACCCAUUUGCUUACCUCGAAGGAAAUCCCUUUACCCCUUUGCACUGUGCAGUAAUUAAUGGCCAAGAAGGUACAGCUGAGAUGCUGGUGGAAGUGUUAGGUGCCAAGAUUGUGAAUAGCAGAGAUGCCAAAGGGAGGACUCCUCUUCAUGCUGCAGCCUUUGCUGACAACGUGCAUGGCUUACAAAUGCUCCUGCGCCACCAGGCUGAAGUAGAUACCACAGACCAAGCUGGUCGGACGCCUCUAAUGAUGUCAGCUGAGAAUGGGAGGACUUCAGCAGUUGAGUUCCAGCUGUAUCAUAUGAAGGCGGAUUUAACUGUGAUGGACAUCAACAAGAACACAGCUCUUCACCUAGCCUGCAGCAAGGGUCAUGAGAAGUGUGCCUUGCUGCUUCUUGGGGAAACGCGGGACCUUGGCCUUAUCAAUGCAACAAACAGCAUGCUGCAGAUGCCUCUUCAUAUUGCUGCCCGCAAUGGGCUGGCAUCGGUCGUCCAAGCUUUGCUUACAAGAGGAGCCACUGUGUUAGCGGUGGAUGAAGAAGCAGGUCACACCCCAGCCUUGGCCUGUGCUCCGAACAAGGAUGUAGCGGACUGCCUGGCACUUAUCCUCUCCACCAUGAAGCCUUUCCCACCAAAAGACGCCAUCCUCCCCUUCAGCUUCAACCUUCUGAAGAACUGCAGCAUUGCUGCUAAAACUGCCCUUCCCAAUGGUGGCAGUUGUCCAUAUACCAAGGAUCGGCAUGGCUCUAUUACCAUGGACAGUUGCUACUCUGAGUAGCAUCUGCCGCACUGCGGUUGACCCAAAACCUUACUUUAAUUUAUUUAGGAUAAUAAUUUUAGGGCACUUUAAAGGAGAACAAGACACACCGAGGCCUGAGCUGCUAUUAGGGGCUUUGCUCCAGUGUUUUCCUUUUUUAUUUAAGCUGCUGUGGGCUGCACUGAAGCUUCUGUAGUAUUAAAAGUUCUUUGUAUAUGGGAGGAUGAGAUGGAAAUGUGUUUUGUAGCGAAGAGAAGCCACUUCCCUUGCUGCUUUGAGUUGGGUACCCUUACAUGAUGCUUUCACAAUAUGUCUUGUAGGAAGGAAGAGAGGGGGAUGCAGCUUUAAAUGUGUGAAGUUCAUCCUGUGCAAUUCUGUAUUUGCUGCUCUAUGGCCCUGAAAGCCAUUACAAUUUGAAGGGUCAUCUGGCCUUAAUAUGUUUCUUGGGCAGCUUUCACAUUCUUUUCUGGUUGGCAGGAACAAAUAUGUAGGCAGCAGCUUGGCCUUCUCAUUUCCUCUCCAUACAUGUAGCACUCAUAUCCACACAGUAUCUAGUUUCUAUUGGUGCCCUACAAUGAUCUUGCAAAUGCCAGGCAUAAAAAAAGUAUGUUCUCAACUAAAAAAUAAAAAUGGCUCAGCAAGCCUUCUAAUAUUUGUCCAUGCAACAUUCCCAUGGUGCACUGCUGCAACAUACCCCACCAGCUAGGCACUUUAGUGAUUAUUUGUUUCUAGUGCUUUAGUCAUUCUUUUUCUGUCUGUCCAUCACCCAUAUUUCUGCUAGAUGGUACCAACCAUGCGAUCAGUAUUUUAAGUAUUUGUGCUUAUCCUAACACAGUUGUGAAUGGAUAUUUCCCUAUCUUCUGGGAUUCAGACUAUUGCAGUCUCUUUCAUUUUCAAAGUAUAAUUUGCACUUGAUUUCAUUUUUCAGUCUCAUUUCCAUUUCUGGGUAUAUAUUUGUAUGUGCAUAUGUUAUAGUGUAUGAAUUUCAGAAGUUUACGUUCUCUCAUAAGUAUUUAGAUGUAUGAAUGGUGCUUUUAUGCAUUUAUUUGCCCUACUUAUAGUCAACUAGUUUUAUUUGUGUGUGUGUGUGUAUGUGUAUAUAUAUAUAUAUAUAUAUGUAUAUAUAUAUAUAUAUAUAUAUAUCAGUGUAUAACUCAGUUUAUAAGACAGCGUCUCACCCAAAUGUAAAACUUUCUUUUUAGUGCACAAAGGCAAUAAGUGAAGGAAGUUCAUUAUAUUCAAGCCAUUAUGACUGUUACUAAGGCCUUUUAGAGCAAAGUUAACAUUUUCUUUGAUACCUGUCUUUGUUUAAACUUCGGCACAAUGUCUAUAAGCAUGUCAUCUUACAUGAUACAUAGUUUCACUUACGCGCUCACUAGUUUUUAAAAUCAUGAGAUUUUUAUUGUUUUAUUGAAAUAAGCAGAAAAGUUGACAAAUUUAAAUUUGUAAAUAUGGAAACAAGGGUAUUGUAUUAAAAUAAAUUGCUUUUUUUAAUAAGGAAGAAUGAGGGCUUUUAAAAAAAAAAAAAAAAUGUUAAUAUUGAACAUACCCAUUCAUGAUCAGUGAAAUGUUGAUUUUAUAGGGAAGUUAUAGGUAAUGCCACUAUUGUUUUUGGUACAUCACUAAGGACUAAUCAUAGAAAUUUUAUUUUGUCAGUGCAGGUGCAGGUACAGGUUAUGUUGUGCUAAGUAGAUUUUAGCUAAAUUUUAAUAUUAAAUAAUGACUCAAGGACAGAGGGUAAAAGAUCAUUUGAGCUUAAAUGUAACUAAAUCAAACUGACGCAAAGACAUAGAAGAUAAAACGAACAGAAAAGUUAAACAUUUUAUCAUUACAUUUUGUUUCGUACUAUUUAACGACUUACAGGGAUAGGCAAAAGUACUGAUACAUUUCAACAGGUUAACACACACAUACAUGGACACUACUUACGCACUACUUCUUUUUAAUCUGGCUUAAUUCACAAUAGAGCUUUUCAAAAAUGUUAUUAGAUUAUGUCUUUGGAUAUUUAAAUACAAACAGAAAUAAGAGAUUAAAAGAACAUAAUGUCAUAGAUAAAUUUUCUACGGUUAUUUGGCCCCAAUAUAUUGUCUGCAACUUCUCGUUACAUUUUUUUUAAUUUUUUGGUCAGAAAUAUAUUCUUGAAAGCAGUGCUUUUUUCAUAUCCUUGAACAGAUUUGUUAACCAGCUUUAGGCUCUGCACUUGCCCAGUAUAUAGUAGUUAUGAGUAAAAAUUGCAUUAAUGGCACUUAGACACAUUUUCUUGCUUCUACGAAGGUUGAAAGCAUGAGCAUGGGAAAGGUGCUGGUUUUUGGGGUUAUUUUUUCUUUUCUUUUGUAUCUACAGAUAUUUUAUUGCUAACAGAUGGCCCUAUUAAAGAAUGCCCCUUAAAUAAUGUUAUUUAGCACUUCCCUUUGGAUGGUUGGCUUAUAGUGGAGAAUCAGAUCUCAUUUUUAUUUAGUGGUGUAUGAGAGCAAUAAAUAUUGUUUUCACACAGGGGAUGGUCUGCUACUUAUCUUCAAAAAUGUAGACCCUCAUAUUGGUUAAGGCUUUAAUUCUCAUACAAAGUAUUAAUUAAGCAAUUCCCCACACUUACAAGUUCUUAAAGUUCUCAUCAGAAACACUGACAUGUAGGAAACCAUAUUGCAUUCUUUUUCAUUUUGCAGCAGAGGCUUUAGUUAGGAUUUAGGAUUAAAUUGCAGCAUAUGAAGAAAGUCUAACUUCUUGAAGUCAGAUUUUGCACUAAAUGUUUUUUUUCCGUACCUUCCGUUUUGUUGUGAGAAAUAAUUUACUGGCAGUAAAAUGAUAACAUGAACUUCCUUCUUUUUCGUUUUCUUGUUAAGAGUUUAAUAUGGAGUUGCUGCUUUGUUUACAUUUGUGUCUUCAAGGAGGAAAUAGUGACCGAAUUAGACAGAAUUACACUGGUUCUAUCCUAGUAUAAUGUUAUUUAUAGAGCGGGGCUCUUUAUUUUACCUUGCACCUAUGGGCAUAGGCCAGUGCUAGUCUUGGGGCUGGGAACUAAUUUCUUAACAUUGAAAGGGAAUCUGCCACUUUAAAUAGGGCUGCUUUUAUGUUUGUCAAAUUAGAGAUUUUCCAUUAUGGAAAGCUUUUUAGAUACAUACGUUGAAAGCAGGGCUUCUUUAUGCUUAGAAACAAAUUCCCCAAGCUAUAAGCUUCUAGCCCUCCCCUGUACAGCCGCCCUGCCUUGAACCACUUUGACAGUGGUUUGUGAAACAUAUUCCAAACUCUAAGGUGCAGUGCAAGUUGCAUAAAUAUAUUCACUGAGUGACAUAACUAUUUAUAACUGCUGCUGUAGAAAAAUUAAACUAACAAGAUUGAAGUUACUAAAAUUUGAACUUUGAAAAUGAUUUAGCCACAAUAUCGCACAAUACAGUGCAUUUAAUGAAAACUCAUUCGCAUUUUCAUGAUAGGUACAAUUAAAUGUUUCUGCUAACUUGACCUCUAUAUUAUUAUUAUUAUUAUUAUUAUUAUUAUUAUUAUUGUGCCUGUCAAAGAAGAAUUACAUUCAGCCCAUUCAUAUGUUCCUUUAUUUUUAUUUAUUUUAGGGGUUUUUCUUGUUUUUUUUGCUUGGGGUGAUAUGCACUAUUUCUGAUCUAACCUAAGCAUUUACAUAUAACUUAAUAUUUACUAAAUACAUAUUGAAUGAAUUGCAUUUUUUAUUUUGCUAUGACAAAAUUUGUGAGGGGAGAUCCUUUUUACCAUUAAAGUAAAAUACUUGUGGCAGUUGCAAGGACUAGAUGUGUUUUCCUUUUUCAAAAUACUAGAAGUGUGCGUGAUUUUAUUUGAAAACAAAAAAAAAAAAACCAUAAUAAUUUCCCCUAUUGUGAAUGCAAGUGUUACGUUAUUCUGUCAACAUGAAUUACCUCAGUUUGCAGUUAGUGUUAAAACUUGAAUGAUUUGCUAGUGUUCUGCCGGAGCUCUUGGAGCAAGUCAGCAGGCCAGUUGCAUGAUUAUAAAUAUCUUUUAUUUACUAAUCUGCACUAUUUUAUUUCCCCUCUUGAAUAUUUUACUUGUGUGCCUUCUUAUAAUGUAGCAUAAUCAGUACUUUUUUGUUUGUUUGUUUUGUAGAGGGGAAGGAGUUGUAGUAGGGGGAGAAUGUGUGUGGAAUGAGAUGUCUGUACAUUCGAUCUGCCUCCAGUAAUAAUGAGUAUAAUGUCUUCUUACAUUUCAAGAUUCUAUUUCUGACAUGUAUCUCUAAAGGAGCUGUAUGGUAUUGAAAAGGGCUAAGUUUAUUCGAUAAGGAUGAUCAUUUUUAUGGCUGAAGACACUAGUUUUAACCAUAUUUUAAAAAUGUUGAGCUCUUUAUUAAGGUUUUCUACAAUCCAGAAACUUUAACUGGAGGUGCCACCAUAUUUAUAUCAAUGUGUAGCUGAGGUUGAAGAAAUAUCACUGUUUAACACAAGAUGUUAAGAGCUACAAAACCUAAAUUGUAUUAAGCCAAAUGUAGAUCCAGCAGACUUCACUGAAACACUUUCUUCCUAGCAUCUACCCAUAUACAAUAAUUUAGCCCCUCUCAAUCCCAUGGUGCUGUAUGUUAAACCAUUUCACAAACAUUUCAUUCUACACUGUGACAAGAUAGGGCAGAUGCAGUGUUAAUUGAUGCGUAUCUGUCUUGUCGUUGCACAGACAAGCUUACAUUUUCCUUCUUGUUUUGCGUGGUGAGAAUAUGAGACAAUCAAAGUUCUGUGAAUAAAGGGCUGUUAGCAGAUUUGCUUCUCUGGCCUGGCUGUGCUAAAUUCUUAUCUGCCCUUUCUCUGGUGGGGGCAUAUUGCAGCAAUAUUGCACCUCCACAUCCAUAUUCCAGUUAACGUGCAGCUCUGCCUCGUCUUGUUCUCCUUUAAUGAUUAUAUGAUGUGCAUUUGCAGCACAGCUUGACAAUUCUAAGUAAUAAUUUGUGAGUGUUUAUUUUUCGGGGGGCCAGUCAUGGGAUAAGCAGAAGAUGCAUUAUUUUUGCUAUCCGAGAUGUUGUUUCUGGUUCUCUGAGUGCGUUGUUUACAGGGCUGUUCUGAAACUUCCAUUCCUAUCCCUCCCAUCAUACCUACCUCCAAACCGUGCAGCCAUUUUCCUUGAGUAUUAUUUAUUCUCUGGAAAGCUGACUGGGUCAUUUUUUUAGCCCUUGCAAUUUUGUUAUUUCACACAGUAACAUGUUAUGCCAAAGUACCCCCUUUUUAUUUUCAAUCCCCAUUUUGUUUAAACUAAACUUGACGACAACCUGGUAAAUGUAAUUUGGAUGCCUGUGAUAUCAUUUUUGCAUCCUAUUCUGGACCUCUGAUCUAUCUCCUUCAAUGGAAGUUUCUUUCAGCUCCUAAUGCAAAGCACUUGCUUCAUUGAUAAGCACUUUUUCAUAACUCUCACUGCUGAUGGUGUCUGCAGCACAUUGCAGUAACAAUGUUGCCAAAGACCGCACAGCAGUAAAGGGUUAAGGCAUGUAAGGGUCUGAUUUCCCUUAAGAACACGUGGCAAAGGAGGAAUGGGGAGGACAAAGGAGCAAAAGCGGAUGUAUCAUCCUGUUGUGCUCACUCCUGGAAGAGUGGAAGAGACAAAACUAAUGGUAGCAGGUCUUGUUUUAAAGCAAAUGUAAAGGGACUUAAGGAAGAAAAAAAAACUAUAAAAGAAAAAAAAAAUGAAACAGCACAAAUACAUUUCACAUACAGGUUUACUUGCACUGCCACUGUUUAAUAGAAGGAGCUGUGCCCAUGUGGAUAGCUAAUGUGAGCCAUAUUGCUGAAUGUAUCCUCUGACAUAAUUAACCAAGAUAUUAAAGUAAAUGUAAAAAUUGUUGCCAGUUCUUGGUUGCCUAAUGGCUGAUUGCCAUUAAUUCAGAGAAAAAGGCUUUCAGGGCCAACUUCUCACUUUCCCCUCCUCUAAACUUCUUUUUGGAUUUUGCAGCUUCUUUAUCACUAAGCACUAAUGGCAGGUUCCUUCAAUAUCUUGCCAAGCAAACCCUCAGAUAUAAUAUUAUGGGUACAUGCAUGCAUAAUAAAGAAGAAAUGCUUUGGUCUCCUUUUUUAAACAUAUUGUUUGCCAAUAGAUUCGACUUCUCCUUAUCUCAAGUUAACUGUAGAUGAAACCAUUUUUUUUUUUUUUUUUUUUUUAUUCCCAAAUUGGACCAAAGUAGAAACCAACUGUUAAUGGGGGAGCUGUCUUUACAUUUUAACAAAAUAAAUACUGGUUUCUGACUGUUGUCUAGAUUAACCAAGUAUUUAGACUUUUGUCAAUGCAGUGUAUGUUCAAAUGAACAGUGUUUGCACAAGAGAAAGUACCUAUAGCACUUGGUAAAGCUAGCUGUUAAUGCUAUUUUGAGCCUCAAAAGCCUUGACACCACUAGCAGACAAAAUAUUGACUAAGCUUCAAUAUUCUUAAUUUUCAAGAAAAUUACUAGUUUUUUUUAAUUUUAUUUAGGGCCUUCACCUGUUUUUAGUGAAAAUUCUCCCAAAUAAAAUUAAGACAUAAAAGCAAGUGUAACAACUAGGGCUCUAUGGUUCCUCUUUAAUUAAAAACUUUUAACUACUAUGUCCCAAAUUCAUAAUUUAAGUUUGGAUGCAUUUAUUUAUAUAAAAAAAAAAAAAUGAAAUUCAGUGCUCUGUAUCUUAAUAUCACAGUGGUUUACACAGUUUUUAUUAGUUCCAAACAUUCAUCCAAAAUUCUAGAGCGUUAUAUCACCUUCUUGAGUUCUUGAAGUCAGGAAGAACAUGAUUAUAAUAAUGAUCUAAUGAUUUGUUUUUAUUACCUAAAGGUACACUUUACAAUUAAAUUUCUAUAAUUCUACAAAAUGAAUUUGGGACACAGUUGUUUCCCUUUAAAGAACAUUGGUCAUCACCUUAAAUCUGAUGUUAUAUAAUGGACAGGUAAAAAACAACUGGACAUGUCACAACAUUUUUAUAUUAGUUUGUUUUAAAAUGGUUUUAUUACCAUGUAUAUGUUUGCACACAGACACACAUCUCCUACUCGUAUACAGGUGUGUAUAUUUUCUUUCUUCUUCUCUGCCUCUCUAUUUAUAUUAACAAAAAAAACUUAGUGAGGUGAUUUUUUUUUUAAUACUUCCCUUGGAUCCACGGUACCUUAUGAAUUUGACUGUGAGCAGAGUCCUAAAUAUUGAUAAGCCGGCUAUGAUCCAGAUAAAAUGCUAAGAUUGGAAAACUGUCUUUUUAAAAUUAUUUUAUUAAAAGGCUUAAUUUAUCCAAAAAUGGGUUAUGUUUAAUGCCUUAAACAAUUUAUUGUAUUAUUUAUUUAUAUAUUUUUUUUAUUUUCUUCAAGCAUUUUUACUUGUACGUUUGGUCAAAAUUCUCAGCUUGUGACCAAACUAUUUACCCCAGCCUGCGUACCUGCGUACUUAUUCUCACCAACUCACAUGAUUUAAGCAGGCAGACGUAUCAAUUGCAUAGAAACAGCACACAUAUCGGUUGUUAUUCUCUUGCUAAUUUAAAAUAAACGUUAAUAUACUGACAGCAAAAA